AUGGUUCGUCUGGUGGUGAAGAAUGCGGGACAGCCGGAUUUCCCUCUCGAACUGUCGGACUCGGGGACUGUGGGUGAUCUCAAGGACGAGCUGCAGAGAAGCUAUCCUAGCCACCCCACCCCCGCGCAGCAGAAGCUCAUCUUCGCCGGUCGCCUCCUCAAUGAUGGAUCUCAAAUCAUCUCGCACCUCAUCACUGCCAGCAAGGACAUUCGAAGGUCAGCCCCAGCUGCUCAGCAGCACGCUCCUCAGCAGCUGCCUCCCUACGCGCAACCGCACCCGAGAUUCGUGCCGGGCAAUGGCGUAGCGCCGCCAGCAGCCUUUGUCAGGCCACAGUUCGUGCCCGCGGCUGCUCCCCCGCAGGUCGCGCCCGCCGCAGCACCCCGCCCGCCCGCCGGCCCAGGUAUACUGGGUCGCCAGAACUGGGCGCUGCUGGUGAAGCUGGUCGUCAUCAUCUACAUCCUCUCUCAAGGCGGUGACUCGCUGCGUCUGUCGAUCCUCUCCUUCGGCGCCUUCCUCGUAUAUUUGUAUCAAAUGGGCCUCUUCCCGCGACUCAACCGCCGCGCCGCAGCUGCUGCCCCGGUCGCGCAGCAGGCCCCUCCGGCUGCUGUCCCAGAGCGAGCUCCGGCCGCAGAGGCCGAGGGCGACGCCCCCGCGCCUCGUGAGGCCGAUGAACCCGCCGCGGCCCCCGCUGCGGCUGCGGCCACCACUGGCAGUGAAGCCCAGGCGCGACAGCCGGCGCAGGGCGGGCUGUGGCGGGAGAUGGAGAACCUCUUCCUGCCGUUCGUCUACUCGCUCAUCCCGACCUGGCAGCCCGCGGCCAUGGCCCAGCCCGUCCCUUUGCCCGUGGGUCAGCCGCCGCAGGUGCACCACAACCACCCGCACCACGACUAA